AUGGAAGAAGGAAAUCAUCAACCACCAAACCUGCCGCCCAAUAGAUUGGAUGCUAUUUUGAACUUAUUCGGUAAUGGAAACCCACAACAGCUGCCUCUUGCCAGCUACCUGAACCAAGAACAAGCUUCGAAUCCACAACACCACGCACGACCACAGCAACAGCAACAGCAACAUCAACAUCAACAUCAACAGCAACAUCAGCAAAUGCGGCAACCUUUGCUGCAGCAACAGCCUACUGAAAAUGAAUUAAAUCGAUCCCUCCUGCAACAGUUUGGGAAUCAAUCGACGCGAUCAUCACAGUUUGUUGGCAUGUUGCCAAGAAUUGUACAUGGGAUCUCUCCUUUUGCGCUUGCUGGUUUGAAGCCCGAUCUACAAUCGCAACUGCUUUUAUCCCUUGCAAACUCAGAAACCUCUCAGAAUACUGACCUACUCCGAGCCCUUGAAAGACAAAUUCUAUUAGAUAGAGCAACGGCAUUGAACGAAAUGGAAAUAAGAAGAGCCAUCGAUCAAGAACGAGAGCAAGAACGCGGAGAACAAGGAGAGCAUCUCGCUCGGCUCCAGAGGAGACAUCAAUUUGAUGGUGAAACCCAGCAAUCGCAACGAACUCCUUCUAGGCUUCGACUAACACCGUCGAUGGGACAAUCCAUUCAAGCAGAAUCUGUUGUCAGUGCAAUAACACGGUCAUCUGAAGAGGCUAGUGGCUCUCAAGAGGGUGCGGAUCGAACUCAAUCAUCAGUAUGUACCAUGUUACCCUUUGCUUUGGGCGAACAAGAUGGUGUGAGGGAUCUGAGAAUGGUACAAGACCGCGGUUGGGAAUCUCGGUUCCAAGACCUCGAGCAGUUCAAACGAGAACAGGGUCACUGCAAUGUACCAAGGAGGUAUAAAAAUAGUCCCAAACUCGGCGUUUGGGUUUGCAGUCUACGCCAACAAAUGAGCAGGGGUACGCUAAACAGGGCUAAGAUAGAACGAUUGAAUGAGAUUGGAUUUCAAUGGCGAAUGAAUCUCAUCAAAGGGGCACAGGUCAAUCCUCAAAUAGCCAAAACUUGUCAAUGGGAUGAAAACUUCCAGCUUCUAGCAUCCAUCAAAGAGCGUACUGGAAAGUGCAUUGUUCCAGCUUCCGAACGCAGCCUCUGCAAGUGGGUUGAGAGACAGCGAAGGGAAUUGAAUGAAGGGAAGCUAGGUUACGAAAAUCAAGAAAAACUGAAUAAAAUCGGUUUCCAGUGA